ACGGCUGGAAUAUCGGCCGCAAACUGCCGACAGUAUUGCAACAAAACCCGACCAUCUCUUUGAGCCAAAUCCUGCGCCAAUACUACUCACCGAAAGGCAUGUCAUUGGACGCCACGGUCUGCAACCGGGGGUACGGACUGACGGAACUGCAGAAUAAGGUGCAGAGAGAGGCCGAGAACUAUAUCCGCGUCUGGAACGGAGUCUUCUACGAGAACUCGUACUUCGAUCACCAGUUGACCGGUUUUGUGGCCGAAACCUCGCGAUCGUUCAGUCAAUUCAUCAAUAAGGCGGGCACUGAGAGACCGGCCGAUGAACGCGAUUACUGUACGGCCACGAGUCUGGGCACUGACUUGAACGCGGCGUCGGUCGAGACAACGGCUGACGUGUUCUUCCUGUUGGACAAUAUGCCGGCGAUGGGCGAGGGUUUCGACGAAGAGGUCAAUGUUGUGACUAACGUUGUCCGGCGGCUGACACUCGGCCGCAACGCCGGCUCCGUCACAGUUUUGGUCAACUCUCAGAUGCAAAACGACGUGAAUUUGGUCGACGAUUACAGCAAUCAGAUCCUAACACCACUCUAUGCGCUCGCGUACAACACCACGUCAUCCCAAUGCGCCUCAUGUCGUACCGCGUGGUAUGACAACUCCCAAACAAAGAUAAACGAGAGACCGCUACUCAUGGAGUUAAUCAAUAAGACACUCAUGGAGUUUGACGCGCCGUCCGACUACUUGCCGGGCAUUCCGUCCAAGAAUUUCAUUUGGUUUGAUUACGGAUCUCUAAUGAAGAUACCGACCGAACGCGAGGCCAAAAACCGAUACGAAGACUUCAAAUGGCGGCUUCGGUACGAACACAGAGACGUCCACUUCAUUAUGGCUACGCUUAACAAAGAGGACUUCAAGGAUAUGCUCAUCAGAGACGACGACUGGAUCCAAAUGGGCGUCGGUUCGGACACCGCCNAAAUGGCGGCUUCGGACUUCAAGGAUAUGCUCAUCAGAGACGACGACUGGAUCCAAAUGGGCGUCGGUUCGGACACCGCCGAGACUAAGGCCAACGAAUUGGUCAAUAAGAUCAUUCAAACCCCGCAAGUCCUUCAAUACGGGGAUUGUAAGCGCCGACAGUCCGCUAACGAGAUCUACGAGGGAUAUGUGACCCCCGGAUACAAACAGUACUGGGCUAUGUAUCCCAGGCAUUUCAUCAAAAGCUUUGGCACUGAGUUUAGGUUUAAGGCUGAGAGGUCUCGGAUCAGAGUGUGUUGGGAUAGAGCGCCGAUGGCUGAGCGGGAGGACCGCCGGUGCGAAGAGGCCACCGAAGAUGGCGGCGAAUUGAAAGUUACUUUUAAUAAUCCGUGUUAUCGUAAAAACUUCGAGACGUGUCCGUCCAUACACUUUACGAUAGGACUGAGCGCACAGUCCAAUACAGCCGCGUCAGGCGGUAUCGACUGCAAAGAUGUGCGGUGCCGGUCGCCCGACCAGAUCAAGUGGUCGGUCACGCAUUCGGGCAUAUCGUGCAGUUUGGGCGCAAACCUAUUGCCCAACUGGACGUUUCAGGCCAUUUGUUUGGCGCUAUUUCUUACCCUAUUUUGCACUAAUGGUAAACGCGAUUAG